AAAAGUCGUACAUUAUCUUAUUCCUCCCUUCUCUUAUUACCUUUUUUUCAUAUAACAAUGUCAUCCACGGACACAAACUCUUCAUCACGAAACAUUAUCUACAAAGUAUAUGGUAUAGCGAACAAAGUACAAGCGAUAACAGCGAUCGGGUUUUCGACGUUUGCAGUGAUUCAUGGUUUACAAAUAGCGGCUGGAGCGGUGGGAGGUGUGGAAGCGGCAGACCAAGCACUUCUUCUUGCACGACCCAUCUAUCAAGAUGCUCAUCUUGAAGGAUAUAUGGUAACGGGAAGUGUGGCAGCUCAUUUAUUGGCGGGCUUAACAAAAUCAAGUCUGGACUAUUGUUAUUUGAACAACAACAAGAAGAACAACAAGGCAACUGGCUAUUAUCAUGGCAUCACCGGUCAAUUAUUGAUUCCUUUAUCAGUGGGACAUUAUAUCUUGACGCGUAGGAUGCCUAUACAGACCAUGGGUGAUUCGGCAUUUGUGGAUUUUGGUAUUGUUGGAUGGGGACUUCAAAAUAAACCAUGGGUAACUUGGACUUGGCAUGUGGCAUUGAUUGGUGUUGGCGUGUAUCAUAUGGUAGGUGGUGCUCCAUUGGCUUUCCGACGGACAUUCGGUGGUAAAACAACUUCCAAGAAAGAACAACUGGAUGAUAAGAAGGGUAGCAUGGUGAAAUUUAUUCCUUUGGUUAUUGGCAUCAGUACCGUGCUGGUGGCUGGCUUGGUGGCAACAAGUCGAUUGGACAAGAUACCUUUACGCCGUGAAUAUCAAGCUAUUUACAAUCGUUUAUUACCUGGAUGGAUCAUUUAGUUUAGAUUUUUAUUUUUAUCUUCAAUAAAAUAUAUAUUUAUUGAUUUGGAA